CUAAUGCACGAAGAAGAAAUAAUUAUGGCGGCGCUCGGCAGAGCACGGGGCUUACUUCGAGGAUUCUCUUGGUUGCAAAAUGUUCAAAGAAGCAAAAACAGGCUAGUUAAAUGUAGCACUAGGACUUUUUGCGGCGAUCCCCAAGACACUGUGCAAAACAAUGCAAAACCCCAGUUCACAGAUCCAGUUGUGCAGGACAUUCUCACCAGGAUAACGGGUCUGGACUUGCAGAAGGUUUUCCGACCACUUAAACAAGAACUGAAGCCGCCUGUGUACAAACUCAUGACUGAUGAACAGCUGGAGCAGGCGGUGAAGUUGGCCACACAGAAGGCUCAGAAUCUUUUGCAAAUGCCGCCUGUUUUACCUGAAAGGAAGCCCAUCAGUGAUGUACUGUCUGUGGACAAGAUUCUGGAAGGCAUGGACACAGCUAAAUAUGUUUUCACGGACAUUACUUACAACAUUCCACACAGGGAAAGGUUCAUAGUUGUCAGGGAGACAGACGGCACUCUGAGAAAAGCCACCUGGGAAGAAAGAGACCGGCUCAUUCAGGUGUACUUCCCUAAGGAUGGCCGGAAAAUCGCACCACCUCUUCUCUUCAAUGACGAGAACCUAAAGAUGGUGUUCUCGCAAGACCGUCAUGAGGAUGUAUUGGACCUUUGUCUGGUCCAAUUUGAACCUGACUCCUCACAGUAUAUCAAAGUGCAUGCUGCCACCUAUGAGGAUCUGGACAAACAUGGGAAAUAUGAGUUUCUUCAUUCUACCCGGCACUUUGGAGGAAUGGCUUGGUACCUAGUCAAUGCUCGCAGGAUUGAUGGCCUCAUUGUGGACAUGUUGAAAAAGGAAUUAGUGCAGGAUGCAGUAAGCCUUGUGUCCCUCUUCCACCUGGUCCACCCUCACAGCGAGUCGGCCCUGGAGGCUUCUAGACAUCAGGCCACAGAUACUGACCUUCUCAAGAUCUAUGCCCAGAAGGAAUCCCAGAGGUCUGGCUACAUCGAGUUGGCCUUGCAGGCAUAUGAACAGACUGUAUCAAACAGCACUGCUUAAUAAUCGACGGUUACCAUUUGGAAUUCUACAAAUCACCAAAGGAAAAUAACUACAAGCGAAAGGACAAGCUAAUUAGCGCCCCAUUUAAAGGCAAAUGGUGUGCAGACCUCCGUCUCUGUCGUAUAAAGUGCUCCGUAAAUUAACAAGUUCAUGGAGAAACAAUGCAUGCUAGUUAUGAUAAGAAAUCCCAACAUAUUUGUGUACAUAAAUUAAUUAAACUAAAAUCACUGUAAUAAAAAAGUCUUUUUACCUCUGACUCUGUCUCCAGGCCUGGCAAAGCCAAUAUGUCAUUACGUGUUCAUAAUUUCGCAAUUGUUACUGCACUUCUGUUAAAGGAAUCCAAUACAUGACUGUUUUGUUGGGCAACCAUGUGUCUUAUCAAACUAGAAAAAGAUUUCAGAGGUGAUUGGAAAUGGAACUAAGUGAAUGACAGUGAUGAAUAAAGAAUGAAAUGAAAACAUACAGACAGCUAGGAUGAAUAAUAUCAAUGAAAGUAGA